GCGGGCACCGCGUCAUCUGGCAAGGCAGUGGGCUCCGGGUCAACAGGCAGGCACGGCAGUGAGCACACCCGGGUCAUCAGGUACCGGAUGUCUGGCUCGACAGCGGGCAUCGGGUCACCAGGUAUGACAGCGGGCACUGGGUCACCAGGCAUCAGGUCAUUUGGCUCGACAGCGGGCACAGGGAUCAGGUACCGGAUCAUCUGGAUCAACAGCGGGCAUCGAGUCAACUGGCUAAUAGGACGUCAGGCUGGAUCAGGGUCAUCAUGCUGGGCAGAGGGCAUCAGGCUGCUGGAUGCGGGCACUCGGGGAGUAGAGGCAUCAGGGCGAGUAGAGGCUUCGACAGCGGGCACCGCGUCAUCUGGCCAAGUAGGGCUCGAGUCAACUGGCAUCAGGCUGGGUCAGAUCAUUGGAUCGUCUGGCUGGACAGCGGGCACUCGGGUCACCAGGCAUCGAGGUCAUUGGCUCGACAGCAUCACCGCGUCAGGCAAGGCAGUAGGGCUUCAGGCCGAGUCAGGUCAGGCACGACAGUGAGCACCGGGUCAUCAGGCCGGAUUGUCUAGAGGCUUCGACAGCGGGCAUCGGGUCACCAGGCAUCAGGUCAUUUGGCUCGACAGCAGGCACCGGAUCAGGUACCGAGAUCAGGAUCAACAGCGGGCAUCGAGUCAACUGGCCUAAUAGAGGAUCGUCAGGCUGGAUCAGUUCAUCAUGCUGGGUAGAGGCAUCAGGC